AUGCGCUCCGGCUGUACACUCUCAUUGGAGAGACGAAGGUCACAUCACCCGAACCAACAGCUCUCCACAAACUCAGGAUGUUAACUCGCCUGGUCAUUUUUGCGUUCUUAGCGGCCUCGGGAAGCGGACAACCUCUCCAGGGUAGGAGCCAAAAGACCGAACUUCUGGUGGCCGUGGGCAUACUGGAGGAACACGUGCAAGACAUCAAGCAGAAGGUUAAUGCCCUGCCGAACUCAGGAGCCCUAUGUCCGUACCCGUACAAGCAAGUGCUGGACGAGUGCUUCUUCCUGAGCAAGAUCAGCCUGAACUGGAACCAAGCGCGACAGUACUGCCAGGGCAUGCAGGGCGACCUGGCCACACCCAGGAACGUCUAUGCACUCAAGUCCUUCGUCAUCGACACUGCGGGAGAAGUGAACGAGGCUUGGCUGGGAGCAAGCGACCAGUCCUCGGAGGGAACGUGGAACUGGCUGGACGGCCGCCCCAUCGCCUCGGACUGGUCCAGCGGGCAGCCUGAUGACGCCGGAGGAAACGAAGAUUGCCUUGACCUCAGGACGAAGUGGCAUCCCACCCUCAACGAUUACCAGUGCGGAGUGGCCCAGCGUUUUGUGUGCCAGUACAAUGGCUAAUGUUUCACAUGCCUUUUUUUAGCAUUUUAUGUCCAGAUUUUUUUUUUUUUUUUUAAUCGUGUACUUUUUUAGGAAAAAUAACAAUGAGAAGACUAUUUUUUUUAUUUUUUUUAAACGCGUUCGAUGUUCUCUUAUAUUUCAACUUUCUAGGUAACUUCUGUCACUGAUGCUAUUGUUCUACGGAUGAGCAAUUUGUUUAUUAAGAAUCAUCUCAAAACAAAUCUAGUUUGUUAAAAAAAAAUCCACCUCUAGUAUAUCUAAUAUGUCUUUAUAAUAAAAUAUAUGCCAAAGCGUUUGAAUGUGAGAUCGCCGAGUACGUUUUGUUGGAAGACUCUGAGCAAAAUGAGAUACCUCUUUCUGUAGGCCUGUGCUCUCUCAGUGUUUAAAUAUACUAUGAUUAUCCUUAAGUAUUGAUAAAAAAUAGGUCAGAUGCUAUCAGAUGCAGUGCUUUUGCUAGUGAAAUAUGACAUCCCCGGGUUUGUCUGCCCACCUUUUUAAUGUCAUUAUAGAAUUAUGCCUUCUGGCGGAGUAACAUGAUCUGCAUAUUGUGACUCUGCUCGAGGUUGACACAAUAAUGGGCCUCGCUUCCUCCUCAUUUAUCUAACAUGAGAGUAGUUGCCAUACGUAAGCCCACUGUGUGUAUAAUUCCACAGAGGAAAUUAGGGCUACGUAUUGUGCAAGUGAAUAAAGAGUAUGUUUA